AUGGUUGCUAAAGACUUUACCUUCCCGUCGCAGACCAACAUUGACUUAUUUGCUAAGCAAUCCGGCCCUCUCGUUCAAUCCGGUCAGCGUAUCGACUUCUGGACCUCUCUCAACACCACCUCUGGGACCAAGUUUUUCCAAGGACCAUGCAACUCUCCAAGUACAGGAGCAGUCCGUAUCAAGAUGUACCUCACACACGGCGCGACUUCGGUUGGCGCUCUCGGUAUUAACGCUCAAGGAGCGACUGUAUUUACCACUGAUCCAUGGAUGAACACCGAGGAUGAUCAGACUGCCACCGCAACCAUGAUUGAUCAGAUCCUCAAGGCCGCAAAGAACAGCACGAUCCUUACCCCAAGCGAUAAAAGCCUCACCGGUGCAUCCAUGGUUGCGGCCAAAAGUUUCGCCCAAGGCUCUCAUUUUGUUGGAACCGCCAUCAUGGGCGAGAUAAACGAUGGUUCGGCCGUUGUCGACACAAAUACCAAAGUCUUCGGAACAGACAACAUCUUUGUGGUUGAUGCUUCCAUCCACCCUGAUCUACCGACUGGAAACACUCAGGCUAUGGUCAUGGUUGUUGCAGAACAUGCUGUGGCCAAGAUUAUUGCUCUUGGUGCGUCAACCGCUUCCAACUCGACCACUUCUCCUACUUCAUCUGCUGCUCCAUUUGCGAACACCACUGUCCCUCAAACUGGUGCCGUGAUCCCAUUGGUCUCGGCCGUUGCUACGCCAGUUCCAGUCGCCGAUGAUGACGACUGCUGA